UGGCAUCAUUAUUUAUUUUCGUAGCUAUUGUAAACAUUAACAUGGCUGCAUAUUAAAAAUUUCGAAAAAUUAAAUAUAUUUUUAUUCAGUCUCUUAGAAUUUUUAUGAACACUUUUUUUAGUUCCUUAUAUUAUCAUGUAUAAUUAUUAAAUAAGAUUAGUGAUGCCUUUCUGUUCGGGAUGUUUUGAAAAUAUUACUGAUGAGGAAUGUAUUCAAGCAUGUAAUAAGGACUGGCAUGGCUCAUGCUUUCGAUGCACAAUGUGCCAAAAUCCAGUUGUUGGAACAUUUUUUGAAAAGGAUGGCUUAGUAUAUUGUCAAAAAGAUUAUUGGAAUGAAUUUGGAGAAAAGUGCCAUGACUGCAAACAAUUUAUUUCUGGUCCAGUUAUGGUUGCAGGUGAUCACAAAUUUCAUCCUGAAUGCUUUACCUGUGAUAAUUGUAACAGUUAUAUUGGAGAUGGAGAAUCUUUUGCUUUAGUUGAAAGGAGCCGUCUUUACUGUGCUUCUUGCUACAAAAAGCAAAUGACUCCUCUUUCUCAAAAACUGCCCUUUUCUAGUGAACCUCACAGCAUUAAAUUAGUUGAAAUUCCUGCCCAUUCUGAAGCUUCCAACAGAAAGGUCAAAAUAUCUGUUGGUUGUUGCCAAAAUCAGAAAGUGGAGAGAGGUUUUCAUGAGCUUCAUAUAUCUGAUGUGGUUCUGAAUAAAGAUUUAAUGUCUUUACACAUUGGUGAUAGAAUCUUGGAAGUUAAUGGCACACCACUUCAGCAUCAUUCUUUAGAUGAAAUCAAGAAACUCAUUCAAUCCCGUGAUAAACCCGUUCAGUUGACUGUUGAACAUGAACCUUCUGUUCUCAUACGAUCACGAUCUAUGAACUUUUCGUCAAAUCUUGAAACAUCUCCAUAUUUGUCCUCAAAUGCAAAUGUCCUUCCCAAGUGCUCUUUAUCUCACAGACCUGCUGAACAAAGAUUAAGACGCUCAUCCUCACUACCUCGAUCUUUCAUCAGAGAUUUUAAAUCGUCAAGGGGACAGCAAUAUGAUUUUGCAAGAACUCGUUCAUUUAGAGUACAAACAAAGAAUCAACAGAUAUUUCGACCUUCUGAUCUUGUUUUAGGAAAAUUGCUGGGAAGGGGUUUCUUUGGUCAAGCUUUUCUUGUCACUCACAGGCACACAGGGCAGAAAAUGGUGAUGAAAGAACUUUAUAGACUGGAUGAGGAGGCUCAACAGAACUUUGUCAAAGAAAUUGCUGUCCUGCGCUCUUUGGAGCAUCGAAAUGUUUUGCGGUUUGUUGGUGUGCUCUACAAAGAUCAAAAGCUGCAUUUACUGACUGAAUUCUUAUCAGGGGGCACACUGCAAGACUUCAUUCAUGAUAAGUCAGUGGAUAUAUCUUGGUUGCAGCGAGUUAAUUUUUCUAAAGAUAUAGCUUCUGGAAUGGCUUAUUUGCAUUCAAAAAAUAUCAUUCACAGGGAUUUGAAUUCUAACAAUUGCUUAGUGAGAGAGGAUAAAAGUGUUGUAGUUGCUGAUUUUGGACUGGCGCGUGUUAUGCUCGAUAAGCAAUUAAGUCGAAAAUCGAGCACGGGAAAUCGUCGCCCUGAAAGAAAGAAAAGAUAUACCGUUGUUGGAAAUCCUUAUUGGAUGGCGCCUGAAAUGAUGUCACAUAAAAAAUAUGAUGAGCGUGUUGACAUAUUUUCUUUUGGUAUCAUUUUGUGUGAGAUAAUUGGUAGAAUUCCUGCUGAUCCUGAUAUCUUGCCUAGAAGUUCAGAUUUUGGACUUAAUGUUGCAGCUUUUAAAGAAAAGUUUUGUGAUGGUUGUCCUGAGCUUUAUUCUGAAAUAGCAUUUAAAUGUUGUGAUAUUUCUCCUGAAAAAAGGCCUUCGUUUAAUAUUAUAAAGGAAUGGUUGGAAACCAUGUCUCUUCACUUAGCAGUAAACCAUGAACUAUCUAAAGAAUUAGCCAAUUCCAUAAAUAAUUAUAACUCUCAGACUGAGGCACAAGAAGAAGAUUCUAGUCCUGAAGGAGAUUAUUUUUCUCCUCCUCCUUUUCCUCUUCUAAGAACUUUCAGCGAGACUGGGACUUGCAGACUUUCCAUUGAUUCCUCUGCCGGUAUUAUAGAGUUGUAAGAAUCAAUAGUGACUUAAGUAUUUUCCUUCUUCUAAGAUACUCACUGUAUUUCUUUAUAUUCUCUAAACUAGAAUUAGUUUUAUUUCUUUACAAUUUUGUUAAAAAUGUAUUCUCUUGGUGUUUUUUUUUCUUUCCUUAUUUAAACCAAAGAAGCAUUGAUUGUUGAUAAUAAAGCAGAUUUCACCAAAUUAAAGCCAGCAAGCUCAAACCAGUCUCCUAUCAUCACAUAUUCAGCCUGCAGUAGCAGGCCUAACUGGUCUUUAUUAAGUUUCAAGAAAUUCAAUAUUUUAAUUGGAUAUGAAAUUUAUCAGGAAAACAUAAGUGACAUCCUAUAAUGGCAGAGAUCCCUAAUUUAGUCUCUGUUUCUGAAACUAAAAUUUGCGCUUAUUUAAUAUAUACAGUUCAGUGGUAUUAUGAGCUAGAUCAGUGGUUCCCAAAAGGUGUUCUGAGGAACCUAAGGGUUCCGUGGAAAAAUUCCUAGGAUUUCAUGAUUUUUUUUUUUUAACCAAUUAUAAUUCCAACCAAUAAUCUGUUAUUUAUUUUAUACUUCGGUUAAUUUUAUGAAACUAUUUAAAUAAAUUGCCGAUGAAAAAAUAAAUAGCAAAAUUUAAAUAAAUAUAUAUGCUUUCCAAUUACAGUACAUAUAAUGUAAUAGGAAUAAAAAAGGAAUUAUGGAAAAAAUAUUCAUUUACAUCACAAUUGUAUCAGUAUUUAUCAUCAAUUUAAAAUAGAAUAACUAAAUUCAAGAAUAAGGAAUUAUUUUUCUCUGAGAACCAUUUAUUAAGUUCUUUUUUUAAAAAAACAACAUUGAUUUUUAAAAUGGGGGUUCCGCUAAAAGACACUCGAUCAUUUAGGGUUCUGUAACCGAAAAAAAUUUGAGGACCACUGAUCUAGAUAAUAGGUAAUUGAGUGAGAAUACACAAAAUGUCUCAAAUGGCAGGAGAAAUAAAAUGAUUUGUAAAAUGUUUCUUAUAGAUUAAAACUGGGAAAUAAGAGCAGUUUUCCUUAAAUUUCUAAAGCUUUGGGGAGAUGACCUCCCCAAAAUUAUGCCUGUGCUAGUUAGGGCUUAGUGGAAGAGUUUGUAUUAUCCUUAGGCUAAUAAGUUUUUAGAUCCUUGAUUUAAAGGGGUUUUAUGAAAUUUAAAUGAUCAAGUAUUAUAUAAAAUAAUAAUUAAAACAAUUGUUUUAUCAAUAAAAUUUUAAUUUAGCUUAGAUUAAAAAAUUAGAUACAUAUGCCAUUUGACUGCUGACACUGAAUUUACUUGGGGGGUGGGGGGUGGAACCUAUUUUCAUCAUGUGAAGCAAACUGAUUUUUAUGUAUUAGUAAUCAAUAGAAAACUAUGGCUUGGAAAGUUUCAUACAAAUUUGACUAUGUAUUUUGACUCUCACAGACUUAAGUAUGCAUCUCAAAAGUUUACAUCAUACUUUCCCGUUCUUAUGGCUGACUUCCUUAUUUUAGAGUGUUAGAUUGUUCGUAUUAUUUGUUUUUAUUUAUAUAUUCUUAUUUAUUUUUUCCCUUACUGUUAGUAGAGUAAAUCUUCCUAAUGAUCAUUCCUUUUUUAAAAUUAGAGAUUGAAACAUUUAGCACUAUAUUCAGCUGCAAUUAACCAAAUGAAGUGUGAUAGCGUAUGUCAGGUUAUUGGAAAAUUUCAGUGGGCAUGCUUUACAAGAACAAGUGCACUACUUGCUUGGAAGUAUAUAUAUAUAUAUUUAUUGUAAUUUCUUGUAUCAUUAAAUUCUCUAAAAUUUAUGAAAUCUGUUUUAAAGCUGAACCAAGCUUUGCAUGCUUUGUAAAUUUUCAAAGAAAGUUUGCAAUAUAUGCCUGGUUGAAUUGAA